UCAGAUUGAUGCAUAGUAGCUGUUGCCAAGGAUACAUCUGCUCCCCUAGGCAUGGUAUGGCGGUUAUUUCUUUUUCAGCAGCUGAUGAAGCCACGGUAGCGUUAACAAUAACAUUAGGCCAGACGGCUGAUUUUAAAAUCAGUCAAAACGGCAAGUGCUGGGCCUAGAGCAGGGGCUGCACUGAGAAUCUCCAGGUUCAGUUUUGUAUAGAGAAAAACAGAUAGAAACAUAGAGAACAGGGGGAAGCUGUGUUCAAAACCACUCUCUCUCCCUCUGGUGAUCCAGAAAACAGCAGGCAAGAUAUUCACAGCAAAUGAUAAAAACUGAGUAGGCAGUGGGCAACAGUACUGAUUAAUGCAGCAUAAGUAUAUGUUACAUUGAUAUGCUUUUAUGUGAUUUGCAAGUAUAAACCAUCAAAAAAAAUUGCAAAGCUUAUACUGUCUGCAGGACCCAGUAUUUGUUUUUAUUUUUAGUCCCCGUCCUAUCUCUGCACAACUAUGAGAUGAGGUGUGGAUGAGUUUUUUUUUUCCUUAGUUCAGGAGCUCAUUGUGUUUAGGAUGCCUCUUCGUGUUUGCCAGAUACUUUUAAAUCCUGCUGUGCUAUAUCACUUAUAUUGCAUUCCCAUUAUAAUACUGUCCUAAAAAUAAUUGCAAGCACACAAACACACAAACAUGUGCAGCCUCCAUACCAGUGAUAUACCAUGUCACAGAUGGGGCCUCAUUUACAUCACUGAGCGAGAUUAUUAAUAAAAAGCAGUCUGCUUCAGAAAAAUUUGAUUUGUCUCGUAUUAUACAUGUGCAUGAUGUAUAAUAUUUUCUAAUAUUGAUAAUAUUUAUAAUAUUGAACUAGUUAUUUUGUUGGAUUUACAUGUACCAAACAAACCUUUUUAUCUUUCCUAUUUCGACAAGAUAUAUUUGCUUUGUUUAUUCACAACUAUAUUUUAACCUAAACAAAUGUCUUUGCAUUGGGCUGCUGUGACUUUAUAUGAUAAUAAUACUUCUCAAGGGAGCAAAGACUCUGUCUUCUUCAGGGAUGGGGUGCGGAGGAUUGACUUCGUCCUGGCUUACGUGGAUGAUAAGAAUGAUGAGAGGAAGCAGGAGAGGAGGAAAGAGUAUGAGGCCAAUCUGAUCAAGGCAGGGCUGGAGCUGGAAACUGAGGAUAAAUCGGAAUCUGAAGACUCGAAGACGUACUUCCUGAAGAUCCAUGCUCCGUGGGAGGUGCUGGCCACCUACGCAGAGGUGCUGAAGAUCAAGGUCCCUUUCAAGGUCAACGACAUCCCCAACACCCGGGACACCCCGUUGGAGUGGCUCUUCAGGCCCUUCCGCCUCCCGGAGCACAUUAUGAACCCCGUGCCCGAUUACUUCACCUCUCCCUUCAACAAGGAAAAGAUUGACUUCUUCCUGAUCAGUGACAAAGAAACCCUUUUCCCCCCGUCCACUCGUAACAGGAUUGUGUACUACAUCCUCUCCCGAUGCGCAUACUACAAGGAGGAUCACAAGGACAAGGACAAGAAGGGCAUCAAGCGCUUGCUGAACAAUGGCACUUACCAGUCGGCCUUUCCCCUGCACGAUAGUCGGUACUGGAUGAAGUCCAGGAACUCAAAAUGUGAGAGCGAAAGGUACAAUCUUUACAAGAACUGGGCCCAAAUCAGCUGCUUCUACAAAGAACAGCCUCUCAACCUCAUUCGGAAGUACUAUGGGGAGAAGAUCGGGAUCUACUUUGCAUGGCUGGGCUUCUACACCGAGAUGCUGUUCUUCGCCGCCGUAGUGGGUCUGAUCUGCUUCAUCUCCGGCGUCGUCACCUACGACGACAACAUCUGGAGCAAAGAAAUCUGUGACUCCAACAUCGGGGGCAGCAUUGUGAUGUGUCCGCUGUGUGAUAAGAAGUGUGGCUUCUGGAAGCUUAACUCCACGUGCACCGCUUCCUGGCAAUCACAUCUGUUUGACAAUGUGGGCACGGUGUUUUUUGCCAUAUUUAUGGGGAUAUGGGUGACUCUGUUCCUGGAGUUCUGGAAGCGGAGGCAGGCCCGGUUGGAGUACGAGUGGGACCUGGUGGACUUUGAGGAAGAGCAGCAGCAGCUGCAGCUCAGGCCUGAGUACGAGACCAAAUGCAGCGGCCGCCGGAUGAACCGCAUCACCCAGGAAAUGGAGCCGUACUUGUCAGUAACAAGCAAAUGUGCUCGCUGCUGCCUGUCUGGAGCCACGGUCAUAUUCUGGAUUGCCUUGAUCUGCGCCUGCAUCACUGGUGUGAUCGCGUACCGGUUGGCAGUGUAUGCAGCCUUCGCCAGCAUCAUGAAAGACAGCCCCACCAGCAAACUGCAGCUGGUGGGGUCCCUCAUCACGCCACAGCUCGCCACCUCCGUCACUGCCUCCUGCAUCAACUUCGCCAUCAUCAUGAUCCUCAACUUCAUGUACGAGCGCGUGGCCAUCUGGAUCACCGACAUGGAAAUUCCCAAGACUCACCUGGAGUACGAGAACAGGUUGACCAUGAAGAUGUUCCUCUUCCAGUUUGUCAACUACUACUCAUCCUGCUUCUAUGUAGCCUUCUUCAAGGGCAAGUUUGUGGGCCACCCUGGUGACUACAAUUACAUGUUCGGCAAGCUGAGGAAUGAAGAGUGUGAUCCCGGCGGCUGCCUUAUCGAGCUGACCACGCAGCUGGUGAUUGUGAUGGUAGGGAAGCAGGUGUGGGGGAACAUCCAAGAGGCGCUUGUGCCGUGGAUGUGUAACUGGUGGGGCAGCAGGAAGGGCCGCAACCCCUCAGAUAAAAGAGUCUACUGCAGUUGGGAGCAGGACCACGACCUGCAGAACUUCAGCCAGCUGGGCCUGUUCUACGAGUACCUGGAGAUGGUGAUCCAGUUUGGCUUCAUCACACUCUUUGUGGCCUCCUUCCCACUGGCGCCCUUGCUGGCGCUGUGUAAUAACAUCCUGGAGGUGCGUGUGGACGCCUGGAAGCUCACCACCCAGUUCCGCCGGCCCAUGGCUUCCAAGGCCAGAAGCAUUGGAGCCUGGCUGGAGAUCCUCAACGGAAUGGCCGUCCUCUCUGUCAUCACCAAUGCCUUUAUUGUGUCCUUCACCUCUGACAUGAUCCCACGACUGGUCUACCUGUAUGUCUACCAACCGAACAAGUCAGCAACCAUGGAGGGCUACAUCAGCAACAGCCUGUCAGUCUUCAACAUUUCCGAGCUGCGGCCGGAACACCAACCUGAGGAUGGCGAGAACCCUGCCUGGUUCAACAGCUCCGUAAUAACCACCUGCAGGUACCGUGACUACCGCUACGCUUCUGGUCACGAAAAGCAGUACUUCCACACAAUGCAGUUUUGGCACAUUCUAGCAGCCAAGCUGGCCUUCAUCAUCAUCAUGGAGCAUGUGGUGUUUGGAGUGAAGGUGUUCGUGGCGUGGAUGAUCCCAGACGUUCCCUCGGAGGUGAAGGCACGGGUCAAGCGGGAGCGCUACCUGGUGCAGGAGUACCUGCACAACUACGAAGUGGAGAAGCUGAGGGUGCAGCUCAGCCAGCUCAACGGCUACCACAGCCCGGAGCACACCACGGUCAUCUGCACCCUUGCCGAGACUACAGAGGUCUUACCAGAGUGCCUGUAACCCCCAGCCCCACCCUCCCCACCUCAGAGCAGGUGCUGGACACGCUUCUGCUCAGCUCAUGGCUCGGGUUUCCUAAAGUAGCACUUAUAGGCAUCUGUGGCUGGAGAAUGCUGUUAAAAUGAAAUGCCCUGGCUUUCGGUUUCCAGUUUUCUAAUAUGCAGCUCGAACCUGAGGCCUUUGUAUCUCAAUGACUUUCAUCAUCAUCACCACCAUUGCUGUCCUACACUGCUGCCAGUUCACACAUUCACUCUGACUAACUGUCAGAACAGGCCUCUCAGACCUAAUUUGAGCUAAGACUGUUGGUCAUCAGUCAUUAUUUGCAUUAAUGCAUUGAUUAAUUGUACUGUUUUCCUGGGGCAGCUGGGUGCCUGCUAUGUGCUGGUAAUCACAAUUGAGCAUUCCAAAUUUUGGAGAAAAAGGGGGUGAGAUGGGAUGUGUGGGAGUGGACGGCCAGCCCUCAUGCCUUCCGAUUUUAGUCUAUACUCUUCUUUCCCUCACGUGCCAUUUCCAUGCAAACCGCCCGUACUGUAAGAAACCAAGAGCAGGCAGCUUCAAGUGAAUAUUCAGCGCUUAUUAUAGCCGAGGUACAGCCCCAACGUGAAGACUGUUUUUCAGCAAGGUCUCUCUUUCUGCAGCACCAAAAAUGAAUGAGCCACAGUGCCAGCCACAAUUAUACAUAUUUAUGUGUGUAAGGAAAUAGCAUGCAUGCAUCGGUUUAGGUGUUGGUUUGAUGUAUAUAAAAUUGUCUGUUUCCAAGUAUGUUAAGAUUAUGGGCCAUACCAGAUAUAAAUAUCAUAGUGUACUGCUUGUGUACUGUCAGACCUAUGGAACAAAAAUAUUGUUGAGGGGAUAUAAUGCUUCAGUUUUGAUAAAUAAGAAGGGUUAUAUCAGUGAAAGUUCAAGUUCAUAUGUGUUAUGCAAUUGUUGUUGUUGUUGUUGCUGGAAACAAGUUAUUUAAGUGUAACUGUACAUGAAUUGGAGCGAAGGAAUUCGGCUGGGAAAUAUCCAUGACACUGUAGCCACUGUGGGCAGGAGGGGGUAGAUCCCCAGACAUAGUUAAUGUGUAUGUGUUUAUGUAUUUCAUGUCUUGAGCCUUUAGGCCAAUGGUAUUGGGCCCAAAUAUUAUACAGCCAGUCCAAACAGUGCAAUUGCAUUCUGUAAAAUUUAGUUUACCUAGCAAGCAUGUGACAGAAGUGUGAUUUACUGUGAAAUGCAUUGAAAAAUGGUAUACAGACCUUUUUGUUCAUCUGAAGCUGAAGCUUUUUUUUGCCAUACUACAGGAUUGAAUUCAAGCCACUUCCAAAGAAGACUUCACUGUCAGUUCCAUUCAGUUAUUUUUUUAUUAUAACAGUGAAAGUAUCAUCUUUGUGUUUAGAUUCAUUUGUUUCAUUAAUGUCUUCUACUGCAGCAUCUGUGAGGUAUCAUGUAAAAUAAUCACAGUUCAAGCAUCAAUUGUGCCUUGACCACAUAUUUUGUGAAUAACAAACAGAACCAGCCCUAGCUUUUGCAGGGUUCUAAGCAGGAUUUGACUUUGGGGUCCCCACACGGUAGCCCGCUCAGCU